AUGCUCUUCGCUGUCACUCUCACUCUUGCCGCUGCGGCUGCCGUUUCGGCAUCGCCACUUGAGCCUAGGGCCAAGACGGCCGUUCUCCCCUUGAAGCACGUCGUCAAGGCAAGUUCGAUCAAGGCCAUCGUCCAGAAAGGCCAGGCCCGCAUUCGCAAGGUCAACGGAGAGGUCAGCGCCUCUGUUCACGUCGAUGCCAUCAGCUCUGGCUCUGUGACUAACGAGGAUGUCUCCUACGUCGCGCCUGUCGUGAUUGGAGGCAAGACCUGGAACCUCAUCGUCGAUACUGGAUCUUCAAACACUUGGUGCGGUGCUCAAACCUCGUGCGAGCCAACAUCGACUGGCAAGUCUACAGGUGGCUCUGUCAGCGUCUCUUACGGCUCUGGUUCAUUCUCUGGCACUGAGUACAAGGACAAAGUCAGCUUUGGCGGUCUCAGUGUCGCAGCACAGUCGAUUGGUGCUGCCAGUAGUGCUAGCGGCUUCUCAGGUGUAGAUGGCAUCAUCGGCUUUGGUCCCGUUGAUCUCACUUCGGGCACUGUCUCGAACGUCAACACCGUUCCAACCUUUAUGGACAAUCUCUAUAGCCAAGGCUCAAUCUCAUCCGAGGUACUGGGCGUUUCCUUCCGACCAGAGUCCGGUAGCGAUGAUAGUGACACCAAUGGAGAGUUGACCCUUGGUGGUGUCGACAGCUCCAAGUACUCCGGUUCCAUCACCUACUUCCCAACCCUUACUAGUGGCACAGCUUCUAACUACUGGGGUAUCUCCGUUUCUGGCUUUACCUAUGGAUCUACAACCCUUGCUACCUCCGGCAAUGGCAUUGUCGACACCGGCACUACGCUUAUCUACAUCCCUACUAGUGCCUACAACAAGUUCCUGUCUGCCGCUGGUGGUUCGACUGACAGCUCAUCCGGCCUUGCUGCAUUCACUAAGAAACCUACCGCCAACUUUGGUAUCAAGUUUGGGUCAACAACUUACACCCUCACGCCCGCACAGUACUUGAUUCCUACUGCUCAGUACACUAACUUCGGUUUGAGCUCUGGUAAGUACUACGCCUGGAUCUUCGACGGAGGCUCCUCUGGUGUCAACACCAUCAUCGGACAGAAGUUUCUCGAGAACUAUUACUCCGUAUACGAUACCACCAACUCCCGUAUUGGUUUCGCUACAGCUGUCUAA